AUGGUCGGCCAGCUGAUCUCCCUACAGUACUUUCGUGGUAUUCAUUUGAACCGUGUCAUCACGGAAUUGAUUGAAGCUGUCGCCCAGCAGGAGAUGAAACGAGCCGAUGGGAAGUUUGAGCGCAGUCUCCCUGAGCCAGAGAAACCACACACUAUCAUCAAGGAGCAACCAUUCGAAUAUGAUGAGGAAAUUGGGUUCAUCGACUGGAAGGUGCGUCACGACUGGAUCGAUCGCGAAGUCGCGAAAAUUCUGGAGAUGGGCCGUCUCGCAAAGCAAAAGCGAUCGAAUGAGCUUCCACAGUUCUUUUCGCUACCGCCUGAAUUGCGUACUAGAGUAUACCAUGAGCUCUGGAAGAACACACCUCAAGUCAACUACCGCCAACCUGAUGGUUGGGAAGAGCGCUAUUAUGGGGGAUGGCGGGGUUUUCCCGACCAUUGGCUCGAAUCCCCGUACAUGAUCCUCGUGUACGGUGAUUAUGACAAUAAUCCCAUCCAACAGACGCGGCGAGGCUAUGAAGUGGAUUAUAUAUGGGGGCCCGCCAGCCUUCCUUCGUGGUUACUAGCAAACAAACAAAUGUUAUGCGAGGGACUCGCCCAGCUACGUCUAAAGAGCACCCUCGUGAUGUCACGAUGCUUCGAUCCUUUUCAUGGCAUGCAUAGGCACCUUGUGCGACCCAUCAAUGAUAUCCAGACACUGACUAUCACUAAUCUCGAGUACGGUCUUGUCGGUCACAAAAGGUACGGCGUAGCAAAGGAUCAAGCGCGCCACUUCCCCUCACAUUCCAGUCUCCAGCUUGAACGCAAAUUACGUGGUAUCCGGAAUCUCAAGAUCGAGUUCAUUCAGCGGACUAAUCGAUUCGUGGCUGACUAUGAAGUUGACUUGCCUCAUUGUAUAUCCGGUCUUCUCUCCGCUCUAAAGCAUCUAGAGGUCGUUACUUUCGUAGAACAUUUCACUUGGAUGAACCCAAUGGAGCCAGAUCAGAGCAUAAGGCCUCAUUAUUCUCGCGAGAUGAGAUUGAAGUCACUUCAAGAAUUCAUCCAGGAUGCCGUUCAGGAGCAUGGCCGCGUCCUCUCAGGAGACGAGACGUUCGAUGUAGAGUACAAGACUGAACCGCUCUCCGCGUACAAACUCAUCCGUUGGACAUAUACCUUCAGGAAGCGGACACACGAUAAGGAUACAUUGGACUACUGGAGGUCCGUUCGACGUACAAAAGAUAGUGUGAUUCGGGAAAUGCACAAGGGCUUCUUGGGAGCUAAUCUGAAAUUCGCAUCAAUCACUGGUGCUGGACGAACUGAUUUGAGUGGGGUCCUUGAACGAUAUUAG